AUGUCUGGCCCCAAGCUUGCGCUCCUGAAGCGCGCCAUGAGGUUCGUGAUCGAAAAACUUGACCCCAGCGACCGGCUCUCCGUCGUCGCCUUCUCCUCGUCGGCCUUCAGGCUGUUCCCGCUCCGGAGGAUGACCGCCUUCGGACAGCAGCAGUCGCUGCAGGCUGUCGACUCCCUCGUCGCCGAUGGCGGCACCAACAGCGCCGAGGGGCUGCGGAAAGCUUCCAGGAUGGUGGAGGACAGGCAAGCCUGGAACCCGGUGUGCAGCAUCAUCCUGCUCUCUGACGGCGUGGACUCCCACAACCUCCCGCCGCGGGACGGCUCGGCGCCGGACUACGCGCCGCUCGUCCCGCGCUCCAUCCUUCCCGGGAGCGAGCACCACUUCCCGAUCCAUGCCUUUGGCUUCGGCAUGGACUACCACUCCAGGGCGAUGCACGCCGUCGCCCAGAUGUCCAGCGGCACCUUCUCAUUCAUAGAUAUGGUGGGGUCGAUCCAGGACGCCUUCGCGCAGUGCAUCGGCGGCCUCCUCAGCGUGGUGGCGCAGGAGACGCGGCUCAGCGUCGAGUGCGCCGACCAAGGCGUGCUGCUCACGUCCAUCAAGUCUGGCAGCUACGCCAGCGGAGUGGACGGCGACAGCCACGGCGGGUUCGUCCACGUCGGCCGCCUCUACGCCGACGAGGAGAGGGACUUCCUCGUCACCGUGCGCGUGCCGCCGUCACGCGUGUCCACUGCGCUCAUCCGGCCGAGCUGCACCUACCGCGACGCGGUCACCGCGGAGAUGGCGCGGGUGGGAGGCGACCCGGUGAUGCUGCUGCGCCCAGAGUUCCCGGUGAGCGCGGGGAUGUCCCUGCAGGUGGAGCGCGAGUGGCACCGCGUCCACGCUACGGAGGACAUGGCCGCGGCGCAGGCCGCCGCGGAGGACGGCCACUACACCCGCGCGGCUUCGAUCCUGGAGGCCCGCCGCCUGCUGCUGGAGUCGUGCGCGUCGCUGUCCUGGGACCAGCAAACGCAGGCGCUGGUGGCCGAGCUGCGGGAGAUGCAGGAGCGCGUGCUGAACCCGCAGCUGUACGAGGGGUCUGGCCGCGCCUACAUCCUGUCCGGGCUGAGCUCCCACUCGUGGCAGCGUGCCACUGCGCGCGGCGACUCGACGGAGCUCACGGGCCUCGUCCACAGGUACCAGACGCCUUCCAUGGUGGACAUGCUCAGCCGGUCUCAGGCGCUCCAGCCGGAGGUACCAGAGGCACUGAGCUGGACCCCGUCGAUCUCGUCCUCGCCCAGCCCGGCCCCAAUCCCCGCCCCCACCUCCGGCUCGCCGAGGCCGCGACGUGGGCUCCGGUCGUUCAGGCCGUUCCAGUUCCAUUGA